UUCAGCGCCUACUUUAGCGAAUGUCUAAGCCAAAGAUCGGAAUCAAUGGAUUCGGGCGCAUCGGUCGUCUAGUGCUUCGUGCUGCUGUCGAGAAAGACAACGUCGAAGUUGUUUCUGUCAAUGACCCGUUCAUCAAUCUCAAGUACAUGGUGUACCUAUUCAGUUACGAUUCCACCCACGGACGAUUUAAGGGCUCAGUCAAAGACGAAGGUGGUAACCUUGUUGUAAGCAUGCCAGGCAAGAGUACACACACGAUCAAGGUGCACACCAGCAAGGACCCUGCUGAAAUUCCAUGGGGAUCUGAUGGAGCCCAAAUCAUUGUUGAAUCUACAGGUGUGUUCACUACCAUCGAAAAGGCAUCUGCUCACUUGAAAGGAGGCGCUAAAAAGGUAGUCAUCACAGCUCCAUCUGCAGACGCACCAAUGUUUGUAAUGGGUGUGAACCAUGAAAAGUACGAUUCUGCCAAAAACCACAUUAUUAGUAAUGCUUCUUGCACCACCAACUGUCUUGCUCCACUUGCUAAGGUUAUCAACGACAACUUCACAAUCAUCGAAGGACUUAUGACUACUGUCCACGCCACCACGGCAACGCAGAAAACAGUCGAUGGCCCAUCUGGAAAGCAUUAUCGUGAUGGACGUGGUGCAGGGCAGAAUAUUAUCCCUGCAUCUACCGGUGCUGCCAAGGCUGUCGGCAAGGUCAUCCCAUCUUUGAACGGAAAACUUACUGGAAUGGCCUUCCGUGUACCAACUCCUGAUGUCUCGGUAGUCGAUCUCACUUGCCGUCUGGAGAAACCAGCUGCGAUGGAUGACAUCAAGAAGGUCGUCAAGGCAGCCUCUGAGGGUCCAAUGAAGGGUAUCUUGGGAUACACAGAGGAUCAGGUCGUAUCGACUGAUUUCGUCGGUGACCACAACUCUUCAAUCUUCGAUGCGGGAGCUUGCAUCUCUCUCAACCCGAAUUUCGUCAAGCUUAUCGCAUGGUAUGACAAUGAGUUUGGUUAUUCAUGCCGCGUUGUGGACCUCAUUGCGUUUAUCGCUUCGAAGGGCUAA